AACCCGGUAUGGGGUUGCUAUGAAUUAAAAUGGACUUGAUAGCAGUGAGCUGGGUUUUUAACCUUGGCUAAGACUCUUCUUGGAUAUUCUGAUUUGGAGGGGCAGAAUUUACUUCAAGGAUCUAGAAACUUCCAAGCCUCCAGCCUCCCUUUGGGCUGCUGUCAGUGUGAGCUCCUGAAGUCAACUGAAGAGGCGGGCGGACAGGCGGCGUGGACCAGCUCUUUCUCCGGUAGCCACGCUGUGCCUUUGUAAAGUGUUGUCUUCGGGCCCCGCCACGAUGUCCGGAGAGAUGGACAAGCCGCUCAUCAGCCGCCGCCUGCUGGACAGCGACGGCAGCCUGGCAGAGCCUCCCAGCGAGGCCCCCAAAGUGGGCAUCGUGGGCAGUGGGGACUUUGCCCGCUCCCUGGCCAUCCGCCUGGUGGGCUCUGGCUUCAACGUGGUGGUGGGGAGCCGCAACCCCAAACGCGCGGCCAGGCUGUUCCCUUCGGCAGUCCGGGUGGCUCUGCCGGCCGAUGCGGUGAGCUCCUCGGAGGUCAUCUUUGUGGCUGUGUUCCCCGAGCACUACUCCUCGCUGUGUGCUCUCGGCGAGCAACUGGCUGGCAAGAUCCUGGUGGACGUGAGCAACCCCACCGAGCAGGAGCACCUUCAGCACCGCCAGUCCAAUGCUGAGCACCUGGCCUCCCUCUUCCCCGCCUGCACCGUGGUCAAGGCCCUCAACGUCAUCUCGGCCUGGACCCUGCAGGCUGGCCCGAGGGAUGGGAACAGGCAGGUGCCCAUCUGCAGCGAUCACAUGGAAGCCAAACGCACAGUCUCAGAGUUGGUGCAUGCCAUGGGCUUCUUACCAGUGGACAUGGGCUCCCUGGUGUCGGCCCGGGAGGUAGAGGCCAUGCCUCUGCGCCUCCUCCCUAGCUGGAAGGUCCCCGUCCUCCUGGCCCUUGGGCUCUUUGUCUGCUUCUACAUCUACAACUUCAUCCGGGAUGUGGUGCAGCCCUACGUGCAGGAGGGCAAGAACAAGUUCUACAAGCUCCCUGUGUCUCUGGUCAACACGACGCUCCCCUGCGUGGCCUACGUGCUGCUCUCGCUGGUGUACCUGCCUGGCGUGCUGGCAGCCGUCCUGCAGCUGCAGCGUGGCACCAAAUACCUCCGCUUCCCGGACUGGCUGGACCACUGGCUGCAGCACCGCAAGCAGAUCGGCCUGCUGAGCUUCUUCUGCGCCCUUCUGCACGCGCUCUACAGCUUCUGCCUGCCCCUGCGCCGCUCCCACCGCUUUGAUCUCGUCAACCUGGCCGUGAAGCAGGUCUUGGCCAACAAGAGUCACCUCUGGAUUGAGGAGGAAGUCUGGCGGAUGGAAAUCUACCUCUCCCUGGGAGUGCUGGCCCUCGGCACACUGUCCCUGUUAGCCAUCACCUCUCUGCCUUCCAUCGCAAACUCACUCAACUGGAGGGAGUUCAGCUUCGUUCAGUCCGGUCUGGGCUUGGUGGCCCUCGUGCUGAGCACGCUGCACACGCUCACCUAUGGCUGGACCCGCGCGUUCCAGGAGAGCCGCUACAAGUUCUACCUGCCACCCACCUUCACGCUCACGUUGCUGGUUCCCUGUGUGGUCAUCCUGGCCAGAGGCCUGCUUCUCCUGCCCUGCUUCAGCCGCAGGCUCACCAAGAUCCGGAGGGGCUGGGAGAAGGACACCAUUCAGUUCGUGCUGCCUGCUGACCACACCCAGGCCCAGAAAACAAGCCAAGUAUGAGGGGCCUGCACCUUCUGGGAACCAGCAGCUGUCUGAGUGGUGUCCCACGGGCAUCUGGGCUGCUUUUCCUGAUUGUGCGGGAUAGUGUCAUUGUGCCCAGUCUAGGGUCUGAAGUCCGAACUUCUGGAAAAGUAUUUUAUGCAGUAAUAUUCAGAAUGACAUGCAUAGGUGUCUGAUAUAUAUGUACAUGUAUUUCAUAUAUGUUUAAGUGAGGCUUGUGAUCAUAAUUUACAAAAAAAUUUAGUCCCUGAGAUUUCUCAGUUGGUAGACUGAAAAGCAAGGGCCAGGUGUUAGGAGACCAUCUGAACAUGAUCAUGGCAUUGGCAAAUACAUCGUUUUUGUUCAAAAGAGG